AUGGAUCCAGCCUCGCUCGAAGAGCUCCUCGAGCAGGGAGAGCGCACCGCCAGAGCCAAGGAUGAAGCGAAGAAGCAAGAGCAGCGUCGCCUUUCCGACCCCGACAACAAAGCAAGCGUGACGGCGGGUGCUCGCACGCACAACAACAAACAUGACUUCCCCGGCCGCAAGCCCAACGGAGCGCACCACAGGUACAGCGAGGAACGCGAGGAGAAUGAUGAGCGUCGCACUCGUCGAUCUCACGAUUCGGCAGAGGACGAGGACAUGAAAGAUGGCAGUGACAAGGGCAGUGCUAAUGGAAGCCUUCGGCGCAGAAGCAGCAGACGUGGAAGCUCGGGCUCUGACCGCCGCAGCCGUCAUUCCUCUCGCGAUAAUAAGAACCGUGGCGGAGACUUCUACCGUGGUCCCGCUCGCGGCCCUCCAAGCCGCCACGACGACGACCGCUACCGCCCUGGAAGUGGCCCUCAAGACCGUCGCCGCGACAGAAGCCCUCGCCGCCGCGAUGAGCGCGAGAGAAGCCCACGCCGCCGUGACGACCGCGGUUACCGUCGUCGCUCACGCGAUGGACCGAGGAGGGCAGCAACUCCCGAGCCCACUGAUGAUGAGCGUGAUAGGCGUACCGUCUUUGUUCAGCAACUCGCCGCCCGUCUGCGCUCGAAAGAACUUAAGGAUUUCUUCCAGCAGGUCGGUGAGGUGGUGGAGGCUCAGAUCGUGAAGGACAGGGUCAGCAACCGCUCCAAAGGGGUCGGCUACGUCGAGUUCAAGCAUGAAGAAUCCGUCCAGAAAGCCAUCGGGCUCACCGGGCAGAAGUUGCUCGCCAUCCCCAUCAUCGUUCAGCUCACAGAGGCAGAGAAGAACCGUCAAGCCCGCACCACGGACAACAAUGCAACGCAAGCCAACGGCGUCCCUUACCAUCGUCUCUACGUUGGCAAUAUCCACUUCUCGCUUACCGAAGAUGACGUUAGGGGCCUCUUCGAUCCGUUUGGAGAGUUGGAGUUUGUUCAACUGCAGAAAGAUGAGCAAGGGCGUUCCAAGGGGUAUGGUUUUGUGCAAUUCUCUACCGACGAGGGCGCCAAAGACGCCAUGGAGGCUAUGAAUGGGUAUGAAGUUGCCGGUCGUCCUGUGCGCGUUGGCUUGGGCAGUGAGAGAUACUCGAAUGACUCCUCCCAGUCCCUUCAGCAGCGUUUCGGCGGCGGCCAAGCUCACCAAGCUGCAGCCCAGGGCUCCGGCGCGUACGGCAGCGGUGGACGCGGUGCUCACGCCGGAGGCAAUUCCAACUUCGACCGCGCUAGUGGCCGCGAUGUUGACAAAGCCACGGGUGCCAGCGCGCUUGACGACACUGAUGUGGCCGGCGUCAACUUCAAUAACAUCAGCCGUGACUCGCUCAUGCGCAAACUCGCACGUGUUGACGCACCAGAACAGAAGACGGCAGCCAAGUCGCAGCACAAGAACAAGGCCCCGAUUGAGGAGGUUGCUCCGAGCCGCUGCGUGUUGCUGAAGCACAUGUACAAUCAAGCCGAGUGCGUGUUGCCACCCCCCUUGCCUCCCAUCUCCUCCGAUGCUGACACCUACAACAGAGAGACCGAUCCCAACUGGCAAGACGAGCUCCGCGACGACGUCCGCACCGAAUGCGAAGACAAGUACGGCCACGUCGUCCACAUCGGCCUCGCCCUCGACAACGAUGAUGGAGAAAUCUACAUCAAGUUCGAUCGCGUGCAGGGCGGACAGAACGCAUACCGUGGGCUGAGCGGACGCUACUUUGGCGGCAGGCAGAUCACCGCGCAGUACGUGGUCGAUGCUGUCUACAGGAUGGUCUUCCCCGAAGCCUCCAACCUCUAA